AUUGGCAAGAAGUCAAGUGCGGUUUACGGUAGCGUCAGUCACCUGAGGGCCAGGUUGGAUAGCAGGAUUAGUGUUUGUCAAGGAAUGUGGUUGGGGAACAAUACAGUUUAUAAGCUUGAAGGCUUCAUUUAAGAAUUCAUUCGUAAUUAUUGGCAGUUUUGUCUGCGGGAGCACCCAGCCUUGUUAGGAUAUAACUUUGCCUCUGUGGAGUGUUUAAGACUGCUGUCUUGUUGGCACUAGGAAUUGCGUCUUAUAAUUCUGCAUUAGUUUUAGUCUUGACGUUUAUUCCAAAAUAGGUGUUUAUAUUUAUAAAGAAAGAAGCCACAUCGAGCCAUCGACUAUUAGUUGUUUAAAAUAGUUCCGUACUGAAGCCGUAGCAUCGAAGCGUUGAUUUAUAUAUGUUUUAUACAUCAAGAUGAACGAAGUUUCACCACAGAUAUGAAUUUGGACAACGCAAUUUGGAGCUGGCUUGGGAAGAAACGGGGAUUUUGACUAUGGAUAUGAGAGAUCCAAAUCAAGAUAUUUUCAGGCAGCUCUCUUCUUGAAACUUGCGAGUCCAGUUUUUGCUUCGUCAUGUUGAUAUAAUCAACGAAGGAAGCCAUCCGGAUAUUAAACUCAAAACGGGCAGAAUGGGAAACAACUGACUGAUCGCACUGAAUUAUGAAUGCUAUUGUACAACAAACAAAGAGGAAAGAGUCAAUGACUGUAUCUCUAUUUAAUAGAGCUGGAUUGCGCCAAGCCGAUACUGGGGUUCAGCAGAACUCGUUUCAAAUGAUUAGAGGAGUUCUUCAAAAGCUUUCCUUGAAUUAAGCGUUAUCACCCACACACCCACACAAACACAGAAACAGAAGAUUGUUCGUUUUCCUCUGUACACUGGAUAUCCCAUUUCCGGGUUGAUGUGGUUCAUGUUAUCAGAAUAAUAACAGGAACAGAAGAAUAAAACAUGACGAUUUCGGGAUCCUAAAAUUGCAUUUCUAAAUAAGGUUUAAGGAAUGGCAUCUACAGAAAGGCUAUAUGAGCUUUGGAUGCUCUAUUGUAACAAGAAGGAUCCCGACUACCUUAAACUUUGGUUGGAGAUAUUCAUCAGCUCCUAUGAAAAAUGUCUGGAUGUGGACUUUGAAAAGCCUCCAACGAGGCUGGAUGAAGUCCCUCCAGUGAUGUCUCUGCUGCCUGAUAACAUCCUGCAGGUCCUGAGGCACCAGCUCCUGCAGUGUGUUCAGAAAGUAUCCGAUGGCUUGGAGGAGGAACAGCAGACCCUAUCCCUGCUGCUGGUCAAGUUCUUGAUCGUUGUCUGCAGGAAUCUGUCCAAUGUGGAGGAGAUUGGGACUUGUUCCUACAUCAACCAUGUCAUCACCAUGACCACACUAUAUAUUCAGCAGCUAAAGAGCAAGACCAAAGAGAAGGAGCUAGCGGACCAAACUCCAGCAGAAGAAUUUGUCAGGCACGCCCUCACCUUCUGCGAGAGCCUGUAUGACCCCUAUCGAAACUGGAGGCACCGGGCUUCUGGUGGGCUGGUGAGUGCAGUAGAGAAAAGCAGACAGAAAUACAAAGCCGCCCCUCUGACCGUGGAGUUCAUCCCUUUCUUUUACCAAUGCUUUCAAGAGAGUGAACAUCUGAAGGAGAGCCUAAAAUGUUGCCUUCUGCAUCUCUUUGGGGCCAUUGUGGCUGGAGGACAGCGCAAUGCACUUCAGGCGAUUUCUCCGGCCACCAUGGAGGUCCUGAUGAGGCUGCUGGCAGACUGUGAUUUGAUAGAGGACAAGGACCCGGAUGACAUCAACUGGAAGGCCGAGCUGACCCUGAAGUGCCUGACCGAAGUGGUGCAAAUGCUGCUGUCCAGCAGCUCAGACCAGCGGCAGGUGGAGAUCAGCACCAUCCUGGAGAAUUACUUCAAGCUGCUCAACUCAGACCCCGCUGCACUGCCUGUCAAGACCAAAUCCAGACAGUGGGAGAACAGGUUUAUCACACUACAGAUACAGAUGCUGAACACCAUCACUGAAAUGUUUGAUUGCUCUGACAGACCGGUCCUUCAGGCCAUUUUCCUAAACAGCAACUGCUUUGAGCACCUCAUCCGAUUGCUUCAGAACAGCAAGCUGGUUGUAAAUGCUAGAUGUAAGGCAGCAGACAAGAGCGAGAAAGAUCUUGCCAACAAAAUUCUGACAGAAAUGAAUGAGGACCAGGUGUUUCAGGGUCGGCUGGAUUGCCUGGCUGUAUCCACAAUAAAAGCUCUCACGACAGUGAUGCUCAAAUCCCCUGCUGCUAAGGAGGUGUUCAAAGAGAGGAUUGGCUACACACAUUUGUAUGAAGUUUUGAAAUCCCUGGGGCAGCCAUCAAGAGAGCUGCUGAAAGAACUUCUGAACAUGGCUGUUGAAGGGGACCACACUUCAGUUGGGAUCCUGGGGAUCAGCAACGUCCAGCCCCUCAUGCUGCUUAUCCAGUGGCUCCCGGAUCUCGACUCGCAUGACCUUCAGAUAUUCAUCUCCGACUGGCUGAAAAGAAUCUGCAGCCUCAACCGCCAGAGCCGCAACACUUGUGUCAACGCCUCCAUGGUGAUCCGCAUCUUGGAGUCCUUGAACUUUCAUACCUGCCUUCACCGGACUUGUGCGGAGAACCUGAUUAGUUUGUUAGGCUCUCUCGGCAGCCAAUCACUGAGCACAGGGGAGCUUCUACAGCUAAUUAGGCUUUUGAGGACCGAGGACCCCAAACAGGCCCACCCUUACGUGGUACUGGUAAUGAGGGCUAUCCUUGGGAUGGCCCGCAAACAGGGGCUAGAUAAUGCACUGCAGUACUUUGACCUGUCCCCUAGCAUGGCAGGGAUCUCUGUGCCCACAAUCCAACGCUGGCCAGGAUAUGCCUUCAGUUUCUAUGCCUGGCUGUGCUUGGAUCAGGACCAACAGGGGAGUGGGCUCUUCAGUAAAGGAGGGAAGAGAAAGCAACUCUAUAGCUUUUUCACAGCUAGUGGGACUGGUUUUGAAGCCUUUAUCACUUCCUCUGGAGUUCUGGUAGUAGCCGUGUGCACCAAGAAAGAGUAUGUGACCGUCAUGCUUCCUGAUCACUGUUUCUGUGACUCCCUUUGGCACAGUAUAGCAGUUGUUCAUAUGCCUGGGAAGAGGCCCUUUGGACAGAGUUUGGUGUAUAUAUACAUCAAUGGACAGCAGAAGCUGUCGGCCCCGCUAAAAUUUCCUGCUAUGAAUGAGCCCUUUACCUCAUGCUGUAUCGGCUCUGCUGGCCACAGGACGACCACUCCUCCCCCUUCGCAGAUCCCAGACCCCCCUUUCUCACUUCCCACGACCCCGGGCCGGUCAUCACUGGGGGCGAUCCUGUCCUCCCCCAGCUGGGGCGGGCUCCUCCCGGGGAAACCCGAGUCUGUGACCAAGCUGAUCUCUGCAGGGACCCAGGACAGCGAGUGGGGCUCCCCCACCUCUCUGGAGGGGCAGCUGGGCAGUGUGUUGGUCUUCCACGAGGCUCUGCAACCAGCACAAGUCAAGGCUCUGUAUCUGGCAGGACCAAAUUGCAUUUCUCUUUUUAAAGCUCAAGAGUCAGAGUUGGCAGAAAUGCCAUCUAAACUUCUCCUUUACUACACGCCGAAGGCCUGCAAAAGCCCUAUUUGCCUUGAUCUGUCUCCAAAUCUUCUCCAUGGAAGACUGACUGGGAAUAAAGUAGUUAACUGGGACAUAAAGGACAUGAUCAACUGCAUUGGUGGUUUAAACAUCCUCUUCCUCUUGCUGGAACAAUUAAGCCUCCUGACUGGGGCUGAGAGGAGUGAAGGAGACGCUGCAGCAGCUGAGAACAUAACUCCUGAACUGCUCACCCCAUCCGACGGGGACUGGGUGGUCCUGCCAUCCUCCAGGGCAUCAGAGGCUAGAUUGGAAAAUAAUUUAGUAGCUACCUUUCUCCUGAUGAUAAAGCACUUCAUUCAAAGACACCCAAUCAACCAGGAGACUCUUAUUCACUCCCAUGGAGUUGCUACCUUAGGGGCCCUGUUGCAAAAGCUGCCAAGCAGUAUGGUGGACGUGAAUAUGUUGGUGGCUGUCCAGCUGCUGAUCGAGCAGGUGAACCAGGAGAAGAACACAGUGCUGCUCCAGCAGAUGUACCAGUACCUGCUUCUAGACUUCCGUAUCUGGAACCAGGGAGAUUUUCCCUUCAGAAUCGGCCACAUUCAGUACUUGUCGACAAUAAUCAAAGACAGCCGGAAGCUGUUCAGGAGGAAGUAUGGAGUUCAGUUUGUAUUGGAUGCUAUUCGUCUCUACUACGGAACCCACAGUAAAGAGAAUGACUUGUGUCUGGAUGAUGUGAAGACGAUUCGCGCUUCGCUCUGUGGACUGAUCAAAUACUUCAUCAGCAAAGGGGUGGUGCAAGAGGAGGUGCAGUGUAUCCUGGGAUACGUUGCGGCAAUAGGAAACGAAGAACAGCUCUGCGGGAUCCUGGAGGUGUUGCUGAAUCUGCUCAACACCAGUACAUCCCGAGACCAGCUCUUCCUGUUGCUCUUUGAGCCUGGCAAUGCAGAAAUCCUCUACACACUGCUACUCAACCACAAAUACACUGACAAAGUCAGAGACCUGGUCUUCAAGAUCUUUGAGAGAAUGCUUAAGUGUGAUAAAGUGUACGAGAAGAGCAAACAGCGCAUCAAGCUGAGGGAGGUCGGGUACUCCGGACUGAUCCUACUGUUCAAUGAAAUUCCCAUAACUUUCUCGCUCAUUAAAAACCUCCUAAACCAGGUUCUUAACUCAGAUCCUGUGGUUAAUUACAAGGAUCUCAUGGCUUUGGUGCACUUGACUCACAAAGCAGGCUUGCAUAUUAGGCUGGUCGUUUGUAAAAAGCUUUACCAGCUAUUGCAGUCGCAGCAGGACGCGGCUCAGCAGAUUUCCCGACAGGCCGGUUGGCAGGAGACUCUCGUCAAGCUGUACCUAAGAGAAAACGCUGAAACACAGGACAGUAGCAUCAGCAAGGCAGACUCUGCAAGCACCAGCAGUCUGGAUCACGUCAAAAACAGGGGGAGUGCUUCUGAGUCCCAUGAUUCAGGGAAAGGAAAUAUUCAAGACAAACUAGACAAUGACAAGGACGUUCUUGACAGCCUCGCAAUGGCAGAUAGGUCAGUGGAUUCCCACAGCAUAGUAGACAAUCGAUCAUUGGACGGUUUGAAUCAAUCUUUAAAUGAUGGAGAGACCGUAGCCAUAGAAACCCCUAGUGAGGCCCUUGCCAAGUCCUGGACCACCAAAGCAGACGGCUUGAGUUUGGAUCUGUCCAGGAUCACUUAUGAGCUGGGGGACAGUGGGAGUCCAACUCCAGGAAGUCUGACCAGCACCCCCUCCCCCUCUGAGACUUCCAGGUCUUUUCUCAACAUCCAGUCUGAUAGGGAGUCGUCAUCUUUUAUGGAGGACAGCUUCUGCUUCAAUGAUGACUUCUCUAUAUGUGAAAACUUUGGAGGUGCUGAGAAGAGUGAGGAGGAGCUGACGAGGAUGCUGAGUGAGAUCCUGCUGUGUGUGAUGUGGCACGGUGUGGACGGCUCCGAUGAUGCUGCCUGGCUGGAGAGGGGGCAGGUCUUCUCAGCCCUGACCAAGUUGGGAACAGCCAACGAGCUGCUUCAACCUGCAGACGAGAUCAAAUUAAAUCUUCUUGAGAAGAUGAUAGAAUGGGCAGUCACUGAUAACCGAGAGGCUACAGUCGCUACCUUGCCAGUCCACACAGAGAACGCUGUGUUCCUCUUGCAUACUCUACAGGACUUCUUACAGGCAGAGGGCCUGGUCAACCCAGCUCUGUGGACUGAGAAGGUGCUGGAGGAGGCAGUGACGCUGAUGGACAGUCUCAUGGUGUGGUAUUCGUCUGGCACACAGUGGAUGCAGCUCUCCCAGGUCGGAGUGAGACUGCUGCUGGGGUUCAUGGCACAGGACAACAUCCAGGUGUGCGCCAUGGCCACAGCCAAACUGAACACCAUCCUGCAGACGAAGACCAUCGACAGCCAGGAUGAGGCAUGCUACCUGCUGGGCAAGCUGGAGGGCAUCCUGAGCAAAUCCAUCCGGGAGAAGACCGAGACCUACUCCUUCCUCAUCCCCCUCAUCCGCAGCCUGCUCUCCAAGAUCCACCAGCUGCUCUACAUGCAGCUGCACCUGCCCUCCCUGCCCAAUACCAACGGCAGCCCCUCCUUCUUCGAGGACUUCCAGGAGUACUGCAGCUCCGACGAGUGGCGGGUCUACCUGGACAAAUAUAUCAUCCCUUACAUGAAGCAGUACGAGAUUGAGAUAUUCAGCAGGGGCCACGAGUCCAUGGCCAUCUACUGGAAGAACUGCUACGAGGCAUUCAUGGUGACCUUGCACAAGCGGGAGAGAGAAAGAGGAGAGAGCAAACUCAAAUUCCAGGAGUUCUUUGUGGAGCCGUUCACACGCAGGUGUCGCCAGGAGAACCUGCGCUACAACAACAUGCUGAAGCAGAUCAACAGCCAGCACAUUGCCACCCUGAGGCAGUGGAAGGCAGCGCGCCGGGGGCUGGUCAGUGAGAGAGGCCCCUGGGCUGACAGGAAGCAGAGUUCAAUGCACUGGAAGCUCUCUAGCGCUGAAAACUACUCCCGCAUGAGGUUGAAACUGACCCAGAACUACAACUUUGACCCCCACACCGAGGCCAGCGCUUUGAGAGACAAUCUUGGCAUGCAGGAGAGCAAGCCUACAAAUGAGUCUCUGCUCCUGGAGGCAGUGAAGCAGGUGAAGGUGAGCGACGUGGAGGAUGACAUGCUGGAGCUGCCAGAGGAGGACCCCACUGCUAGCAACAGCCUGAAUGAGAUCGAGGAGCAGAGUCAGAAGGAAAAGCUGGUCAUUUCAGAGGACUGUGAUCUCGUUACCGUGAUGGACAUCAUUAGCGGCCGUCUAGAAGUGACCACCCAGCACAUCUAUUUCUAUGAUGGCAGUGCGGAUAAGGAGGAAGGGGUGGGCUAUGAUUUUAAAUGGCCACUAUCUCAGAUCCGAGAGAUACAUCUACGUCGGUACAACUUGAGACGUUCUGCUUUGGAAAUAUUCCUCAUCGACCAGACAAAUUACUUUCUCAACUUCAGAAAAGAGGUGCGUAACAAAGUGUACAGCCAGAUGCAUUUGUUAACUGUCGGCUCCCCAAACCUUUAUGGAACUCGCUCUCCUCAAGAACUGCUGAAAGCUUCAGGACUAUCGCAGAAAUGGGUGAACAGAGAGAUCUCAAACUUCGACUACCUCAUUCAGCUAAACACCAUAGCUGGAAGAACAUACAAUGAUCUUGCCCAGUACCCUGUGUUCCCCUGGGUUCUAUGUGAUUACACCUCAGAGGAGCUUGACUUGAACAAUCCUGCAGUGUUUAGAGACCUUUCCAAACCAAUAGGAGUGGUGAAUGAAAAGAAUGCCAAAUCUGUUUGUGAAAAGUAUGAUAAUUUUGAGGACCCCACAGGAACCAUUGACAAGUUCCACUAUGGGACUCACUACUCCAAUGCUGCUGGGGUGAUGCAUUACCUGAUGCGGGUGGAGCCCUUCACUACACUGCACAUCCAGCUCCAGAGUGGAAGGUUUGAUUGUGCAGACAGACAGUUCCAUUCCAUACCUGCAACCUGGCAGGCUCUGAUAGACAAUCCAAAUGAUGUCAAAGAGCUCAUUCCAGAAUUCUUCUACUUCCCAGAAUUCUUACAGAACAAGAACAACUUUGACCUUGGGCGUUUGCAGAUAUCCAAAGAGCGUGUUGAUGAAGUCAUUCUUCCAAAAUGGGCGAAAUCCCCUGAGGAUUUCAUCUACAAGCACCGGAAAGCACUGGAGUCAGAGUAUGUAUCGGCCCAUCUCCAUGAAUGGAUUGACCUGAUCUUCGGAUACAAGCAAAGGGGACCAGAUGCUGUGGAGGCUCUCAAUGUAUUCUAUUACUGCACUUAUGAAGGGGCCGUGGACCUGGACGCUAUAGCCGAUGAGAAGGAGCGGAAAGCUUUGGAAGCAAUGAUCAACAAUUUUGGACAGACUCCUUGUCAGCUACUCAAGGAGCCCCAUCCUGUCCGGCUGUCCUCUGAGGAGUUAGAGAAACGCCAGGCCAGGCUGGACAGCUGUCCUCUUAGUGUCUUCCAACAUCUGACAGAACUCAAGUCAUUCUUUGUGGAGGGGAUCAGUGAUAAUGUUCCACUGGUGAAGGCGGUGGUCCCUAAAAAUCAGUCUCACUCAUUCAUGUCCCAGGGGAGCCCGGACACACUGGUCACAUUGAGCCAGAACUGCCUGAUGGGAACACAUGGAUGGCUGCCUUAUGAUAAAAACAUUUCCAAUUACUUUACAUUCAUCAAGGACCCAACUGUAUCAAAUGCAAAAACCCAGCGCUGCAUUAAUGGCCCAUUUACCCCCGGACUAGAGAUCACCACCAAGCUCUUUGUUGUGUCACAUGAUGGGAAAUUGCUCUUCAGUGGAGGACACUGGGACAACAGCAUCCGAGUGACCUCACUGGCUAAGGGCAAGCUGGUUGAACAGCACAUAAGGCACAUGGAUAUUGUGACCUGCCUGGCUACAGACUACUGUGGAAUCCACCUAAUAUCAGGGUCACGGGAUAAAACAUGCAUGAUCUGGCAAGUUCUACAGCAGGGAGGAGCUCCAGUAGGUUUGGUGGCUAAACCUGUGCAGAUUCUUUAUGGACACACUGAUGAGAUUACGAGUGUGACUAUCAGCACCGAGCUGGACAUGGCUGUCUCAGGUUCCAGGGAUGGCACGGUGAUCAUCCACACUAUCCGGCGAGGGCAGUACAUGAGGUCCCUGAAGCCCCCCUGCGAGAGCUCACUGCCCGUCACCAUCCUGCACCUCGCCAUCUCCUGGGAGGGACACAUCGUCGUACACACCUCCAUCGAGGGGAAAGCCACCCUGAAGGAUAAGAAUGCUCUUCAUUUGUACUCUGUGAAUGGAAAAUAUUUAUGUUCCGAGAAUCUGAAAGAGCAAGUAUCAGACCUCUGUGUUACUGGGGAGCACAUUGUCCUGGGCAGUGUGCAAGGAUUCCUGUCUAUCCGGGACCUCUACAGCCUGACUCUCGGCCCGGCCCCCAUCGCCAUGCGGGUGCCUGUUCACUGCGUCUCGGUCACCAAAGAGAACAGCCACAUCCUGGUGGGGCUGGAGGACGGCAAGCUGAUCAUCGUGGGCGUGGGCAAACCGCCAGAGAUGCGUUCAGGGCAGAUCACCCGGAAACUCUGGGGCUCGAGCAAACGCCUGACCUCAAUCUCGUCAGGAGAGACUGAAUAUAACACCCAAGAUCACAAAUGAUAUGAUGCAUGACGGGAGAACCCAACCGAAUCACAGCUCUCUUCCACACCUGAAUCCAUCACCUUGAUUUGGCCUCUGCCACACUAAUCAGUAUCAGUGUAGCCAAUCAGAAUGCUUUUUGAACAGAUUUGUUGUUUUGUUUGCUACACAAUUUGAAUUUCAACAGAUUAUACUUUUUUUUAUUUAUUUAUUUUUUUUAUUAUAAGUGUGACAUGGCAAUAGAUUAAAAACUUCUGAAUUUAAAUUCUUUUUUUUUUUUUUUUUUGCUGCUUUUGUAAUUUUUUAAUGUGUGAUUGUGACCACUCAAAAACAAACGAUUAAGAUUACACUAACAAUCUUAUGAUCUUCCAGAAUCCUCGAGUGGAUCAUUGAGGUUUAUUAUUUAAAUAUCUUGUUCAACAUGCUGGUGGGCAGCUAUAUCAAGCCAUCCCAUGUGCUCUUCUAUCAACAUACUGUAGGUUCUUCCAUUUGUCAGAGGCCAGGAGUGGUCAAUUCUCUGGGGUGGAUUUCAUUAUUCAAUUGCAGUGGUUUUAAAAAAUGUACUAAAAAUAAAACCUGUGAAUAAAUAUGGUAAUUGCAGACUAAGGUUUGAUAGAGUGGAGCUAAUAUACAUAAAAGCAUUGGGGACCUUCUGAAAAAAAAUCCCUUUCCUAAGGAAUAUUUAUUUUAUGAUGAGGCAAGUGGCAGAAGUAACAGUGUCGAUUUUGAUAUGUAAAUAGCAAUCUGCAUGUCAAAGCGCUUUUUAAAAUACUUAACUAUUGCUCAAACCUAAGAUUACAGUCUCUAGAUACGUUUUAAAUGUCACGACUGGAUUUUGGUUGAUUGGUAGUUGGUAGCCAGUGUGAGAUUCCUUCCUUGUAUAGACAGUAUUUAAUAAUUACGUUUCUACAGGUAAUUUGUUUUGGGCAAUUGUUUUAAAAGUUUCUGGUAGAACCUGGAAUAUUCCUGGAGUUUUCAUUCGGAAUCCCCAGUAGAUUAAUGCAAUGCCUUACGUGCUAUUAGAUUUUCGAUCUGGCAUUGAUCAGAACGAUGAAUGUAACGCUUAAGUACAGUUUUAAAUUGAAAGUAAAAAUAGUUUCAUAUUGGUUGUCUUCAGGAAUAAGAUGCAGUUUUAUUUUUGUCAACAAAAUAUGGCAAUAAUAUUGAUAAUACUAUGCAAACUCUUCACAUAAUUGGAAACCUGAAACCUGCUUAUGUUUGCACUGCAUACUCAGUCUUUUUAACCUUCAAAGCCUGUCUGUGUUGGUUUCCAAUCUGUCUCCAUUGUAUUUGAUUUGACAUUUCCAUUUUUAUAUGGGAUUUUGUGUACCAAUCUUGUCUGAAGUGAAAACCUACAACUGUUUAAGCCAUAUGCAUUCACACUUGCCAGGCUCUCUCACACACACACACACACACACACAAAUGCUGCAUUAUACAGUACUGCUUGUGAUGAGAAAAAACACUACAUCAGUACAUUAUGGUUCUGCUUGUUGCAAAUUUUUGCAUUUGGCUCUGACUCUGCUUUAUUCAGACACAGGACAUUCAGUUUAAUAAGCUGAUUUUCAGUAAGCAUUAAAGCAGUUUGUGUUCAUGAGGAGUGAGUGGCUAUUGAGAUGAACAGUUAGGUGAAGUAUGAAUCAAAAUAAAUCUAAAGUAAAAGCAAUGAGCUAUAGGACAGUUCUAGUAAUCAAGUUAGCCAUCAUUUAUAGAAGGAUCUUCCCAUGAAAAUGAACAAAGCAUUUAGGACUACUGCUGUGGGAGGUGUUUUUGAGUUCAAUCACAGCAAUACAUUUUUAUGGCACUAAAGAAUGAAUUAUUUAGGUUUGCACCAACAAUCCUGCAGCUUAAAUCAGCAAGCCAUCGUUCAUGAAAGGAUCAUCCAGUGUUACAAAAAAAAAAAAAUUGUACCUGCACAAUGAAGAAAGAAAGAGAAGUAUGCUUUCUGAUUUGUAGUUUCUUGGAUUGUUCAAACUGAUUUUAAAAUUUGAUGUGAAUUUUGUGAUUUAAAUUCAUUAUGUAUAUUUUGACAAGCAUGCCUUGUCAGAAAGUUUUUUUUUUUUUGUAUUACCUUUUGUAUCAUUCACUUAAUUCUUCCCAAAUGGCUUUUAUCAUUCACCUGAAAUGUAGGAAUCAGCUGUUCAGUACAGAUCCCAUACCAUAUUGCAAGACCAAUAUAUUGUGUAUAUAACUUUGUCACACAGGUGUAAUUUUUAAAGAUGGAAUAUUAUUGGAAUGAAAACAUAAUUUGCAAUUUAAAAUAUUUUUUGCCAGAGGAGUGAUUUUUUUUUUUUUUUUUUAAUGCUUGUCUAUUUUUUCUUGUAAUUUAAUAAAUAAGAUUGUGCCUCAUUGGGUUUUGUUUUGUUUUAAUAGGAGUGGGUAAUAUUAAGGAAUGGUGUAAUUUGUGUACCUGUUCUUUGUUGUGUAAUAUAAUUACUAAAUUGUGUAUAUAAUAAACUUAAUUUUUAUAUGCCAAAAUGCUGACAACCUUAACUUUUUUUUUUUAAAUAUGAUAAUAUGUAAAGUUGUGUAAAUCAUUUAGUGUAUUGAGAUUUUUGUUUUCAGCCCUCUGUGCAAUAGCUUGGGUGUGUGUCUUACAGGUACAAAAAUCCAGGGUAUUAACAAUAUUUUCUCUUUUUAGACUUUGUCAAAAUCCGGUUUAAAGUUUUCAGUGUAGUUUUCAUAACAUCCACCAGGUGGCACUAAAGCAAGCCCAGAUGAGUCAUACUGAUGGAUUCCACAUGGCAUGGCCAACAAAAGCUGAUCAAUGUGUGUGUUCCUGUUGACUGAAGACCUGCUGUUUGAACAUUUUUUAUAAAUUAAAAUGAAGUUGUCAUUUCUCCUGGGAUAUGAAACUUUAUCAGUAUUUACAAGUUUGAUGACAAGACCAGUAUCCUCAAGCUAAGGCAGAGUUGGAGUUUUUUUGGGCAUCUCUUGGUGCAUUUCCCCGAACUGCGUAACGUAUUUCAGCAAAAUGCUCUGUGGCCCUCGGUUUCAAUGAAAUGGUCCAUAAUUCAACAAUUCGGUGACACGUCGGAAGUGUCCAAUGACAUUGUUAAAGGUGUACAGCCGUGUAUAAUGUUUUCACUAGCAUUACAAAGGGGGUCCCUGUUGUUGAAUUGCCACUCGCUGUAUACACAGCCUUGUUUGUUGUGCUUCUUUUAAGAUGCCUGUUUGUAUACUCUUCUGUGAUUGAAGUUUUGAGGAACUCUCUUUUAAUAAAUUAGUGUCUGUAUAUCUGCGUAUUGUUACAUAUAUGUAUAGCAUGAUUGUUUACAAAUGAAAAACUAUAUUUUAUGUGCACUUUCCAGAUACUAAAGAUUGUAAACUUGUAUCUUGUUUUAAAUGUACACAUGAUCUGUAUAUGAGGAAUUCUUAUUUGCUUUGUAUGCUCACAUAUUGGGUCCAAUGCAAGUGCAGUUGUAUGGGAUAAAUAAAUAAAUAAAUAAAUAUGCAUGAUA